UUCAGCACAUUAUUUUUUCUCUCCUUAUAUUUUUGGAUUUGGUCGUCUCUACGUCAACACGACCUCUCUGUGGUGCAUUUCAGAGGAGCUAAUAGUGAAACUCAAACCUGUGAGUUCCUCCUCACCCAGGCCACACUUCACGACAUGUUUCAGUUACAAUGAACUUAUUGAAAAAUCAAAGGAAGUGAAACACUGACCACAGAGACAUUAAACUCACCACCUCAGUGUUUCAGUCAGUGUCUUCAUCAGCACUGCUGCAGUUUGAUCGCACAUUCAAAGAAGAAGUCAUUCAGUCGGCUCAUUAAAACGUAAGGAUGGCAGUUUGGGACAAAAACCGUCUGUGGGGUCUCCUGUUCCUGCUGGCAGGUGCUGUGGGUCAAACUGUGAUCUAUCCUUUCUGGUCUACUUGUGCUGUCAGAGGAUCCACUGUCACCCUCCCCUGCACCUUCACUCCACCUUUCAAUGAGAGUGAAGUUUCACGAGAGACCAUCAGAGUCCGCUGGUAUCAGAGCCGGUGGUAUCAACUCUGUCAGCUCACCAAACCAUUUGUGUACGACAGUGAUUCAAAAAACAACACACAACGCUUCGAAUAUCUGGGAGACAAGAAGACAAACUGCACUUUACAGAUCAGAGAUGUUCAGGAGAAAGGUGAGGAAACCUUUUGCUUCAGUAUGGAAGUCGAUCACACUGAAGUCAAUUUUAGUACCAGCAGAGGAGUGACUGUCAGAGCUGUUGAUGGGUCUAAAAUGAGAAUAAUUCGCUCCAGUGAUUAUAAAAAGUUCUGCAGAGGUGAAACCGUCACACUGCUCUGUGCUUCAGUCUGCACUUUCCACCAAUUGGAGGUCACCUGGUUCAAAGAUGGCCACGCCCUAUCAGAGACUGGCCCCUCCCUCCAGCUCGGCCAUCUGACUGCAGAGGAUUCUGGGAACUACACCUGUGCUCUCAAAAUCAACUUAACAACUCUCUCUGAGCCGUACAGCCUGCAGGUGACGGGAGAGGCAGGAGUCAAACUGGGCAAACUGACAGUUGUCCGACUGGUUCUAUUCAGUGCUCACACAGUGCUCAUCAUCAUUAUGGCGUCAAUAAUAAUCAAAAGGAAAUAUUGUUUGCAGGUCAGCAGCAGAGAGCUGAAGAUGUUUGGAAGCUCAGGCUGGAGCUGUGUCUCCCCCUUCUGGCAGUGAGAGUAAUUACACAAACCCUGUCAGUGCUGAGGAUGAGAAAAAGCCACAGCAACGGUCACGGAUGGCUUUCUCUGUCAGACUGUAAUCCUUCCUCUGAGCACUGAGUCUCUUUUUAUCUGAAUCAUCACAAACUUUUCUCUGUUUGCAUCACUCGUCAUGAUUUGGAGUUUGAGCCUGUUUAUCAGCACCGACCUGUCUGCUGCUGUCUUCUUCUGUUCCUCGUUAUCUCAUCGCUGCUGUUUGAACUCUGCUUCCUGUUGUAGCCUCCAGAUGUCACUGAGGAGCCGAGGACCAACGAAGAAGAACGAGGCCAACACCACUAUCACUUGUAAUAUACCUGCUGCAGUCUCUUUUUAUCUGAAUCAUCACAAACUGUAUUUCUUCACAUUUGCUCUGUUCUCCUUGUUCUUUCAAAAUAAAUGAACACUCCUUCCACCAUCAGAAUAAUAAAACUUAAUUUAAAGGUU